AUGCUCACUCCCUCCCGUCGCGUUCACUCCCUCUCCUUCCGCCCUCCAUGCGCACUCCCUCCCGUCGCGUUUGCUCACUCCCCUUUCACCACCAACGCACACUCCCUCCCGCCGCGUUUGCUCACUCCCCUCCCGUCACGACGGUCCCCUCCGUCGCCCACGCUCACUUCUCUCCGUCGCGCACGCUCACUCCCCUUCCGCCGCCCACACUCAAUCCCUACCGUCGCCCACGCUCACUCCCUUCCCAUCGCCCACGCUCACUCCCUUACCGUCGCCCACGCUCACUCCCUUACCGUCGCCCACGCUCACUCCCUUCCCAUCAUCUUCGCGCAAUCCUUCUGUCGCCCACGCUCACACCCUCCUAACGCGUUCACUCACUCCCCUCCCAUCGCGACGGUCCCUUACGUCGCCCACGCUUACUGCUUUCCCAUCCCCUUUGCGCAAUCCUUCCGUCGCGCACGAUCAUCCCCGCUCGUCGCACAAGGCCAAUUUCCUCCCGUCGCACACUACCACUCGCGCUCUCCCUUUUCAUCUCCUCCCAUUCUCCCAAAUCAUCUUCGCACGUCCGCCCUUUUCGUAUCCUCACCCCAUCUCCUCCUCUCUCUGUCCCCUCCUCACUCCAUCUCCUCCUCUCCUCGUCCCCUCCUUACUCCAUCUCCUCUUCUCCCCGUUCCCCACUCACCCCUUCUCCUCCCCUUUCCCUGCACCCCUCCUCACCCCAUCUCCGCCUCACCCCAUCUCUGCCUCACCCCAUCUCCUCACCCGAUUUCCGUCUCACCCCAUGUCCUCAACCCUUUACCAUCUCAUUCCCCUCCGUCGCCUAUGCGCACUCCCUCUCCGCCCCGCUCGACAACUCCCCUUCCGUUGCCCACCUUCGCUCCCCUCCAUCGCUCACCUUCGCUCCCCUCCAUCGCCCACCUUCGCUCCCCUCCAUCGCCCUCCCCACUCCCUCUCGUCGCCCACGCUCACUCCUCCCCGUCGAGUCCUUAG